AUGCCCAAUUAUAACAAUCGCUGUUAUUCACUACAAUGCUUUCCGAGUUCUGUAUAUGCGGAGCCGGCGAUAGUCGAGUAUCAAGAGUGGCCCUUCCAGUGCUUCCUUAAGGGCACCAGCAUCGGGAAUGUGACAAUAUAUAACUUUGAGUUUCAAUUGCGGUAUAUUCAGGACUGCUUCAUUUCCCCGCUUGUUAGAAAGAAGCAUUGGGCACUUGUGCAUUCUCGUCUCCAAGCACCAAGAUACAUUCCAAGAUAUGACCGGCAAGGAUACGUGCUAAAGGCAGAUGCGUUCGUGAGGAUGAAGAAGAACAGCUGCUUCUGGGAGGAAUCUCAAGUUGCUCUUCCGUACAGAACGCAGACGGCGAUCCAGAUGCAAUAUUCAACGAAGCUCAAAAUGUGA